AUUCCCAGUUCAAGAAAACAUUUCUUCUUUAAACAUGUCUGCUCUAGAACUUGUUCUUCUUUCUCAUUUUUCUAAACAUGAUUACUAGUCAGGAAACUUGUCCAUGCAACUUCAAUGGGAAUGAACAGAUAAUUGGCUACCCAUUUGGAGUACAAAAUGUUCAAGGUAAGAGAUGUGGUAUCCAGGCACCGGGUUUUGGUGGUCUCACAUGCGAUGCUUACUAUCAAGCAGUUCUUAAUCUUCCAGCGUCCGGAAUGUUUUUUGUUCGAAGAAUCGAUUAUAAGGCCAAAGAGAUAACACUAGGUCUCAACGGUAAUUGCAUGGUGCUGCAACGUCUAAUACAAUAUCCGUUACCUCUCAAUCUGUCACCUUUCAGACGUAUGUACGAUGUGAAUUCCAACUUCUUUACUUGUCCGUCAUCAAUUACUAAAGAUCCCAGUGUCGCGGUGGCUCUGUACUCGAGUAAUAUUUUUCUUCUCGGUUGCUAUAGUAACGUGACAUUUACUAUGCUUGCAGUACCGAGCACUAGCAAGAUCAAUCCAAACGUAUUUUCAGAUGGAAAUUGCACGUAUCGAACUUUUCCAAUUCCUGCUAGUUACAAUUUCAAAUCGGAUGAACUCCAUCUUAUAUAUGAUACACCGAUACCGAUACCGAUACCGACACCGCAGCAACGGGAAUCGAACAAUGGCAAAUCGGGGCAAAACGGAGGUGUCAUCGGCGGCGCCACAGUUGCCGCAGUUGUAAUUUUGGCGGUAGUCGCUUACGUCACUAGGGACUACAAAAUAUGGGCACAGGCGAGGGAUUGCCUUAUGGCCGCGUUACUAAUCGUGACCGGUUGUCCGGAUUGUUUUUUUUGUUGCGGGCAUGGAACUCGAACAACAUAAAAGAUUUUGUUUGGAAGAUAAGUUUACAACAUAGAUGAUUGAGAGAUCAUCCAUCACAUGCUUUUCAGAAAAAUAAAUUGCCCUGCAAAAGAUUGUAACUUCAUAAAAGUAACGGAGGUUUCUGUUUGUUUUGAUUAUGUUUAUGUAUUGA